AUGGUUAAAGCGGGAAAGCGGCACGAGAACGCCAAAGGCCCGCACGCUCCAGCAGCGUCCACUGCUUCAGGAAGGGCCAAAUGCCAGAGAAGCGAGCAAAAUAAUGGAAAUUGCAGUAAUAUCCGUGGGCACUAUGUGGACUCUGGCGUUGACGAGUACUAUGCGAACACGGAUAACUAUCGCAAUCCCCACGAGGAGCGGGUACGCGAAGUCCUACGGCAAGUUCUUGACGAUUUUGCGAGAAGAAGUGGGCAUGUAGAAAGCAGUCGACAAGCCGAUGGCGCCAAUGCAUUCUUCCGGGUUCUCGACCUUUGCGCCGGGAGUGGCGAGGUGACCGCGGUGCUGCUGGAUUAUGAAAGCGAGAAGCUCGUGGAGACAGUGACAGCAGAAGCGACCUCGAAAGCGCGUGCCAUGAACGAGGCCAGACAUACCUUUGACAAAGCGGAAGAGAGCACGACUCACCGCUCGUUCUUGCGACCAUUCUAUAUCCAAGCAUGCGACCCCUACACCCAUCAUCUGUACGAAAGGAGAAUAUUUGGAAGCUGUGGCAUGGAAAAGCUACGGAAACAGGGCCAAGCAUCGCGUGUCCAAAGAUGUUUACCUCUGUCGUUCCAAGACAUCCUGCAGGGAAAGCUCGCACUGGUCACGAGCAGUUUUGGAAGCGGUGCCGAGUCUAGCGUCGACAAUAGUCGCGCUGCAGCAGAUCUGAACAAUAAUUUCGACCUGAUCGUGUGCAGUUAUGCUUUGCACCUGUGCCCCCAGGACCAGCUUCCCAUGGUUGCUCUCUUGCUGUCCGACGUGGCAAAGUUUUUGCUUAUUGUCACGCCACACAAAAGACCGGUGCUGAAACCUGAGUGGGGCUGGGUGCGCGUGACGAAACACGGGGAUCAGAAGGAAGCAAGGGAUGCACAGGCGUCGGCAGAUGAGAUAAUAGGCAACGAGCAGCAAAAAGAAGACUCCGACAGAGUCGCAGCGGAGGCCUUUUCUCCUGCUUUUUCACUGCCAGCGGACAAUGUUGGCGGAGCAGGUGGCUCGCGCAAAAGUCGAAGGGCAGGAGCAGCUCCGCCAUAUGUUGAUGAUCCAUGUGAGGGUUCGCAGUUUGAACGCGCACGGGCAGACGAUUCACUCCGUGCACAGCCGGAAUCCGGUGACGAGGAGGAGGUCGCAGACGAAGAGGAGCCGGGCCAAAACGAACUCGUCUACUACUGCUCCGGCAGGCGAACGCGCGGGAUUUUGUACCGGUCCACCGCGUUUUGCGACGGUGCGGAAGGUUGGUGA